AUGUUUGGGCCGGAAGGCUCCGGGUCACUCAGCUCCUCAUCAAGUACACUACAAUUCAAUUCCACGUCAUCCACGAUGACGUCAUCAUCGAUAAAUGCCACGUCAUCACGGGAACCAUUAAUACACAUUCCUAAUAAACCAUCAUUAUCAAUUGAUCCAUUGGCGCGGGCGGAUAGAUCAGUACAUUUGUCACCGUCUUUUUUUCAACCAGGCCUCUCCUCAAUUUCAUCUGAAAACGACGAUGCUGAACAGCGGAUACAUGAAGCAACAAGAAGCUUUAAUCAAUUCGGACAUCAAUUUUACGAAUCAAUUCGGGAACUUUCCGAGAGCACAAGUGCCUACGAAAGGCUGAAGGCCAACGCGUUGAGGAGGAAGCUAGAAAAUACAUUUGGAAAUGAUAGCGGAGCAGCAACAAGUUCAAGUUCUUCAUCGGUUUUCGAAAGACAAUCGGACUUUUCUGCAUUUGCACCAUAUAAAAAUUCACAUUUUGACUCAACUCAGAGCCUUUUCCAACCGACAACUUCAUUUAAUGACCGUCUGGAACAGAUCAAAAGUGAUUUUAUUGCAGAGCAUCAGAAGUCAAUGUCGUCAUUUUCCGGAUUCAACACACCGACGACAGCUCUCGGAGCAGCUUUUCAGGGCAUGCAAGUCAAGAAAAGUGCGUUCGCUCCAGUCCUGCUUCGAGAAAAUCUGGAUACCCGGCGCCCCGGGGGCCAUUUGAUUUCCGACAUUCUGAAUCGAGACCCGCUUCCACAAUCUCGAAAUCUUAACCUGAAUAUGGCUAGAAAUGUCCCAAUUCGGCUGAUUCAUUCGACUUCAAAUUUCGAUAUCGCUUCCUCGAGCUCCGGAGAUUCAGGCCAUCAGGAUCAUGAGAGUAUUGUUGUGGAGGAUGCUGACAUGGAUAGUCCGACAAGUCCGUGUGUCAAAAGAUCCGCAAUGAAUUUUGAUUUAAGAGACGAACCUCUCACAGUGAACGUAGAAAGUGUGUCAUCAACAUCAGACCUUCCCAGCUCAGUAUCCAGCUCUGUGAACUCCUUCGUCUACCAAAACUUUGACCCCUUGGAGUUUAAGCGAAAAAUAGACGAACUGACGGCUUCAGCGUGUCUAGCUGUAAUGCCAGACGCAAAUGGUCAAGUCGAUCCGAUGGCCAUCAAAACUCAGUUGGAUGCUAUCAAAAAACAAAUGGAAGAGCAUCAAACCCACAUGGCAGAAGCCUCGCAAAGACUCCACGUGGACUCUUCCCUCGAGGAUUCAAAUUGCGAGCCGAGCCCGAGCUCAUCAUAUGAUGCUUCUGAACCAUCUGUCAAGAGGCUUCACCAUUGCACACAUCCGAAUUGCGGGAAAGUCUACACGAAAAGCUCACAUUUGAAGGCUCAUUUUAGAACUCAUACAGGUGAAAAACCAUACGAAUGCAGUUGGGACGGGUGUGAUUGGCGAUUUGCUAGAUCUGACGAGCUAACAAGGCACUAUAGGAAACAUACAGGAGACCGCCCAUUCAAGUGCUCUCAAUGUUCACGUGCCUUCUCCCGAAGUGAUCAUCUCUCACUCCAUAUGAAACGCCACUUCUAAUCAAAAAAAACAUGGUGCAACAGAUUAACUAAUUACGGGUUCCCAAAAUGUAUUUCUCAACUUUUUAUCCGGUCAUUACAUUUUUUUUGGAAAAUUUUUGAAAAAAGUUUUUUUUUUCAAAAAUUUUCAAACUUCCCGCCAGUCACGUCUCAACAUCGUGACGUCAUUUUUACAGUUUUUUGAAUGUUUUCUUGCUCAAAAAAUGCUUGGUAUCAUCACUAAAUACGGUCAUAUUAAUUUUUGUCACAUUUC